GGUCGGUGGUGCUGGUAUGGUGUCUGCGGCGAGAACGGCCGGGCUCUUUCGGCCGCUGCACCGCGUCUGCGCCGUUGCUUUCGUCUUGCAGUCGUGUUUGCUGUUGGGCCAGGUGGACGGUCUGCUUGAGGGCCUCUACUGCGGCACCGUAUCCUGCUACGAUGUGCUGGGCAUAUCCAGGGAAGCAAGUAAGGGCGAAAUUGCUCGCGCCUACCGGCAGCUGGCCCGUCGUUAUCACCCCGAUCGCUAUCGGCCCAGCGAUGCCCAGGAGGAUCCCGAGAAAAAGUUCCUGCUGGUCGCCACCGCCUACGAGACUCUGAAGGAUGAUGAGGCCAGGAAAGAUUAUGACUACAUGCUUGAUCAUCCUGAUGAAUUCUACAGACACUACUAUCACUAUUACAGGAGAAGGCUGGCACCCAAAGUGGACGUCAGGAUAGUUAUAAUUGUGACAGUCUGUGCCAUUUCACUCUUCCAGUACUACAGCUGGUGGAGCAGUUACACUGAAGCCAUUAAUUAUCUCACCACAGUGCCAAAGUAUAGAAUCCAGGCAACAGAAAUUGCUAAGCAGCAAGGUUUACUUAAUAAAACUAAAGAAAAAGGAAAAAACAGACGCACUAAAGAAGAAAUCAAAGAGGAAGAGGAGGAAAUUAUUAAAAACAUCAUCAAAAACAACAUUGAUAUUAAAGGAGGUUAUCAGAAACCAAGCUUGUAUGAUAUUCUCCUGUUCCAGAUAAUUUUGGCUCCUUAUUACAUAUGUAGGUAUAUUAUCUGGUAUUGCAGAUGGAUUUAUCGUUUUCACAUUCGAAGAGAAGAAUAUGGAGAAGAAGAGAAGUUGUACAUUAUCCGAAGAAAUAUGAAUAUGUCACAAGGCCAGUUUGAUAGUCUUGAGGAUCAUCAAAAAGAGAUGUUCCUUGAGAAGAAAUUGUGGUUAAAGGCAAACUUUGAGGUUUAUAAGCAGGAACAAGAGGAAGAACUUAAAAAGAAAGUAGCCUCAGACCCACGGUGGAAACGAUAUCGUCGCUGGAUGAAAAAUGAGGGCCCUGGGAGAUUAACCUUCAUAGACGACUAAAUACCUCUGCCAUCUCACUAUUGUUUAUAAUGUUCUUUUCUACAAAAGAGAUUCUAUUUUGAUAGCAAUAUAUAAAUAUCUUUGAUUAAACAACUCAGGAUGUAGUUAAUACAAUGGAUUAGCAGUCCUAAUACAACAUGAGCUCUUUCAGAAAAGGGGAGUGUUCUGAAAUAUUGGUGGGUAUGUGCACUGAUAUUUAAUAAAGUCUCAUUACAUGAUUUCUGCUCAGAUUAUAUUUUUAAACUGGUAGAGGACAGUUUUUAUUUACAAGAAAAGUACUGUCUCCUUAUUUACUUAUAGAUGUAUUAAUAUAUAGGCAAGAUGAAAUUGCAUUAUCAUGACUUGGUUAAGUCAUUAAUUCUUGGUUAUUGUAGAAUUUGUAGUUGUAAAUUAAACAUUUUGAAAUACAGAAGUCAAAAUGUGAAAUUUAAAUAUUUAAUGGUUAUUAGCUUUCUGGAUGGAAUUUUGCAUUAAAGAUUCUGCAGACAAAUAGACAUCUUGAGGUGCCUGCAAUUUGUAUGUUAAUUUUUAGCUGCACAAUUGCAUGCACAGCUCUGUAAACACAUGCUGGAAUUCAGUUUAUAUUGUAUUUAUUGCUUGUACUCCUGUUAUACAUUUUCAAAUUGUGAUGCAAUCAUUUUAUAUUUUUACUCCUGUAAAAUGAUGUUUGUUUUUACAUUUCCUUUGGCGAGAGUUUCUGCCUUUGGAGUAACAGGAGUUCUAUCUUGGGAACAAGUUUGGUAAAAUUUACUUUGUAAUUCAGUAAUGACUUGCUCUGAAUUGGACAUUUUCAGAAGGCAGUGGCUACUGUUUGAUACCCAACUAUUAAAUUAAUUAUUUUGCUAGUAUUUAAUGUCUCUUUCAACCCGUUGAAGUAUUUUGAAGUGCAUCUUCUGUUUGUUUUAGACAUGCAUCCUCAGUUUGACAUUUCAACUUAUUUUAUGAAUAUCGGAACUAUGCUUUAGUCUAAGACUGUGAGCUUUGUUUAUGUGGCUUUCACUGUAUAUAAAAAAAAGAUUCAGAUAGCCUAAUUCAUAAAUUCAAGCAUGGCUAAUCUAUUUUAUUUUUAUAAAGAAAAAGAAUUUAACUCUGGCUGUGCUGCAUAAAACUAAUACCUCUGAAUGCACUCUUGCAGUGAUAGUUUGAACAGUUAACCAUAAGCUAGUUCUUCAGAAAAUGUUAGAUUUUAUGAAUUUUCUUAAAUAAUGCUUUCAGUCAAUGAUUAUCACAUGGCCCAUCAAUAUGGAUUGAGUUUUUUUUUGUUUGUAGGCUAAUUUGGAUGAGGGAAUAACAUUUUAUUCAGCUAUCCAUUCUAUAGCAUGUAACUUUAACAUUUUUCCCAAACGCAACAGCAUCAUGUUUUUCUAUUUAUCUAUAACUUUCUAGUUACUUUGAAUUCUGAAUGCAAAAUGUCAGAAUCUUUGUAACUGAAAUUUCUUCGGAAUCAAAGAAACGGAAGCUUGAGAGUUUUUGCAACUAUUUACAAAAAAAUAAAUCUGCAUUUUGUUUUCAUUUCAAAGCUUUAUUUGGAAUCAGAUUUUGCGUGCAAAUAUAUAAUUCCAAAAAUACCAGUUAUCCCCAGUCAAUCCCCAGUCUUCAUAGUAGCCUGAUAUCAAUUGGAGUUUAUUACUGUCCAUCACCACUGUGAUCCUGGACUUGAGAAAAGCACAUCAAGUAAGGUUUCUCUCACGUUUAUUCAUUGCGCAUGAAUAAUGGCCUCAGACCAAUUUUUAUCUUUCAACCAAUCGUUUCAUCAUUAUCAAAUUAAUGCUUAUGGAAACUGAACAUAUCAUCUGCAACAGCACUGCAAAAAUAUAGAAGUAAAUAUUUUGUAACCUGAGCAAGAAGGUGCUUUCUAAAUUCAGGCUUUUGAGCCACAUAACAAGGCAUCAAUGCUUUAAAGUGGAAGAGGAAAAUUAAACUAGUGUGUUAUGUUAAUAUCUAUAUUAAUAACAAAGUUUGUUCUGAGGUUGCAAAAUAUUCAGCAUGUUUGGGGAAAGUUUUCAAGUUGUGUUUUGAGUACUUGCCUGCUUUCUAUUUUUUUGUUGAAAUGAACAAUUCCAUAGCUAUUGCUAACUUUUCCCAUGCUAUGUGAUUAUAAUGCUAAACAGGGUUCAGAUGUCCAUUUCAUGAGUUCAAAGUUCAAUCAUCCUCCUUCCUCCCUUAAAAUAUUUUCUGAAUGUUUUGAUUACAGAAUUACUACCGAAGUCUAUAAACGAAGAAGGAAAAGUGAUGUUUAUUUAAAAUAUUUGAUAUACACUAUCCAAAGUUAAUUUUUCUGAUGAAAAAUAAGGAAUCUUGAACUUAUUAUGGUUAUAAAUAAAUUUAACUCAUUUU